GGCGCUAGCUCAACUCCACUCCAAUUCACGAUGAACAGACGAGGACGCAUUAUCACGAUGCCGGCUGAGUGUACCGCAAACCCGCUGCAACGGGCCCUGGCCGACGCCAUCAUCCGGAUGGUGUCCAUGGACGAGUUGCGCAUACUGCUUGCCUGCGGUGCGAAGGUUAACGAGCAGGUGACGCAAGGUCUGAGACCGCUACACUAUGCUGUCUGGCAGAACAAUGAAGCGGCCGUUAAUCUGUUGCUCGUACGUGGUGCCGAUAUCAACGCGAUCGAUGAAGUUGGCUACAGUGCACUGCAUCUGGCGGCCGAGCAUGGAUAUCUGCAUCUCGCGAAGAUUCUGCUGGACGCCGGAUGUAAGGUGGACUACCGUGAGCCAACGAACGAUCCUUACCCACGCACCACACUGUGCGAUGAACCGCUUCGUUUGGCACUGCGUAAUAAGCACUACGAGGUAGCUCGACUGCUGCUUGAUCGGGGUGCCGAUCCGAACAAGCGUUACUUCUUCGGAUCGGAGAUAAACCUAGCGACGGACGUGGAGAGUCUGGAGCUGUUGCUGACGUACGGUGCCAGUACGGACGCACGUGAUCGGUCCGGUAUUACGCCACUGAUGCGCGCCGUACGAACGAAUGGGAAUAUUGAUUCGGUGAUGUUGUUGCUGCACUACGGUGCGGACGUUAAUGCGAUGACGGAUGCCAGGAAUGAUUACAGAACUGUGCUGCAUUAUGCGGUUCUAUCAGGUAAUGCUUCGCUCGUGACGAUGCUUUUGAAACAGGGUGCUAGAGUGGACAUCCCUGCACCACUACCAGAACCCGAUCGUCCCAGUCCACUCGAUCUGGCCGUUCUUCGUGGUGAUCCCGUACUGGUGCGAAUACUUCUCGAGCAUGGUGCUAAUGUGAAUCGUAGCAGUCCCGUCAUUGGUUCCCCGUUACAUGUUGCCUGCGCCGAUAAUAUUCCCAACAGAGUUGAAAUUAUGAAGAUGCUCUUAUUUUACGGUGCCGAUCCAAACAUACGCGUCGUGGGAGAUGUUGCCACCAAUGCGAUACUGCGCCCUCCACUGGCAGAGCUGCUUGCCAGCAACGAACACGUUACACCACAGGAACUGCAUUUGCUGUUGCGAUACGGUGCAAGGGUUAUCCUGAAGACCCAGUACCGCGAUCCGGACGGUUUGCUUAACUGCCUCUCGAACCUUCAUCACGAAUCGGACGCCUUCCGCAUUAUACUGGACGCUGCCGAAGAGUUCGACCCCUGCAUGAUACGCCGCAAUCAGCAGCUCACCGACGAACAGCGCGAUUUGCUUAUAGAACGAGCCACGGUACCACGGAAGCUCAAGUCCCAGAUCCGUGCCCACUACCGUCGACUGUUUGGUCGGAAUCUGUGCGAGUUUGUACCACCGCUAUUUGUACCGGGGGAGCUAAAAAGCUAUCUCCUUUACGAACAUAGCUUGUAA